UUACUGGAAAAAAAGCAAUAUCGAAAAUAAUUUAUAAAAUAUGUAAACCAAAAUUAACAAUAUAAUGUAGCAACACCAGCAACCCAAUAACAAUAGCAAAACUUAUACCGACUAAAACACAAACUGAAAAUAGGAAGUAGAACACAGAUUACAACAAUGAAUAAUAUUUUGGUUCGUGAGUUUUCUUGCAGGCUGUGCUUGUGUGUCGAUACAGAGAAACUAAAACCUCUCAGCUUAGAACUGAAGCGGAAACUCAAGAGGCUAUUUGAUAUAACGGUAAAGAAGGAUGAUGAACUUCCUAAAGCAAUAUGCCAUGAUUGCUUACAACAGAUAGGGUCAUUCUACCUAUACACAAUAAAGGUAGACAAAAAUCAGAAGUUGCUAAGUCUACAUGAAAGUAAAACCGAUACCUUUAAACUAAAUUUAGCGACAAAUAACGAAACAAAAGAACAAAUAGCGAAUAAAGAACAGAAACAAAAAGAUGAGCAAAAUGGAAAUAGCACAGAUAAUAAAAGCAGUAAAGAGUCAUCACCCAAAGCUGUUGUGGAAAAACCACCUGCAGUCAACAGUUCAAAAAAAGGUCCCAACAGAGGUACCAAACAAACUAAGAAGGCUGAACCUCCUAAAGAAGAAGUAGACCCCAUAGUUAUAAUCGAUGGGAAACCCGCAAAACAUGGGGAGGAAUUGGACAAACAGAUAUCUCUCUUCUACCCAAUGGAAUGUAACAUAUGUCACGAGAAGAACUUCAACUUCCAAUCUCUGAUGAACCAUUACAAAGACGGACACGGCGUCCCCGGUUACGUGGCGUGCUGCGGAAAGCAGUUCCAUUUCUUCUACCCGAAGAAAAUUAUCGAGCACAUGGCAUACCAUCUGCAGCCAAACAUUUUCAUGUGUCACAGCUGCCACGAAAACUUCCAAACCUCCCACGACCUGCAGCAGCACUGCAGCAACGGCGGUAGAUCCAACGCCAAGAUCGUCUGUCAGCGGUGCCCAGAACGCUACCCCACGUACCGCGAGCUGGGCGUCCAUCUCCUUACGCACAGGACAGAUGAGCUGCAGUGCGACUAUUGCGGGAAAAUGCUGAAGUUCAAGCAUCGCAAGAAGACGAUCAACCAAAUGGAAGACUUGAUGCUGUGCUCGCAUUGCGUUCGCACUCUCACUAGCAUCGAGAAACAAGAUAAAGAUAAUAGAGAAAAACAUAAGGGCACACGCGACUCAAGUACAUCGAAACGGAAAAUACGUUAUACUGAAGAUGACGUGUCCUCAACUUGCACAGACAAACUUUGAGUCCAUGAAAACAAUUUACCAUAUUUAAUUUAUUAUCACUCGAGAAGGUAACUUAAGAAUAAAAAAAUAG